AUGAAAAUUCAAAGUUUCAAUGAAAGUUUGUCGACCACACAAGUUACUACUCCUGCUUCUCAGACAAAAGCGUCGUUACCCGGUUUCAAUGUGAAGGGCGCAAGUGAUACGACGGACUCCAAAAAGACUGGGAAAGAACUUGAGGCUGAACUGGUGGUCGGUUGUGCUAUCAAAGCGCAUUUGAACAGAUGCUGGAUUCUGGGCCAUUACGGUGUUCCGAAGCAGGGUGGUGCUGACGUCAACAAAUAUAGCAAUACCGAAAAACAAAUAUCCGAUACAAUAUCUGAUCAGCAGACGGUGACGGCGGGAAAAGCCGAAGAAACAAAGGAGAGCUCCAAAACGUCGUACGAAACAGACAGCGCUUUGCAAUUUCUUUAG